CUUUUUGCAGCCGCGGGGAUUUCGACUCGUGCGGGCGAACCGACUGCCCGACCAGCGCUCUUCACGGCUGCCCCAGUCCGCGGACUCCUGAGGACACGCUAAGCUGCCGUGAUCGCGGGGGAUGCUCAUUGCUCAGUGCCACCACCGGUGACGCUCCUCCGCAUCUCUAGGGAAACCGACCGUGGCCAGUGCGACGUAGGGCGCGCAUGUGAGAAGACAGUGUGUGCUGCACCUGCGCUGACGACAGCUUAUCUCGAGGGAGGAAUAAACGACUAAGAGGCAGUCGCCAUGAAGCGGACUGCCGUCUUGGUUCUGGCCCUGCUAGCAGUGGCCGCGCACGCACAGAGAUCAUCAUCGAGGACGUCAGAUGACUCGCCGAGGUCUUCGCGGGGCAGCCGCAAGUUCGACAGCACGAGCGCGCGCGAGGAGCUGGGCGUGUCGGCCGCGGACUGGGAAUCGGCCGUGACGCCGUCCCUGGGGGCGGCGCGAUCCGCCGGUUCCCGCAGGGGGCCGUCCGCUUCCAGGGGGCAGUCACAGCAACAGCCCCAGCAGCAGACCGCCUCCAGGAGGAGACCGGCCGCCCCCGUCGCUCGCCCCAAGAUCGACCUGCAGUCGCUGGAGGUAGAGCAGGUGGCGGCGUCUUCGGUGAUAGCUCCGGUGACGCAGCAGUUCGUCUCGCGGCGCCCCUCUGCGGAGAAGGGCCGCUCGGCGCCGGCGCCGGCGGUGGCGGCGCGCCGCAGGGACGUGGAGGCGCCGGCGGGCGCCGCCCCCGAGUCAGCGGCCCCCACCCGGCGCCGGCCGCAGCCCAGCAGCGACGCAGACCUGGCGGCCGUCGCGUUCGAGCCCACCUCCUACACCCGCCGCCGCCCCUCUCCGUCCGCCUCCAGCAGCGAGCUGUCCGGCGGCACCUACGAGGGCUCGUCUUCCAGCCGCAGGCGGCCCGCGGCCGCGCCACCCACCGCCGCCCCCGCACCUGUCGCCGAGCCCCCUGCGCCUCCGUCGGAGCCGUCCACUACGUCGACGACCACCACCACUAGCACUACCACUACAGCGGCGCCAGCUCCGGAGACACCUUCCAUUCAAGAAAGGGUGGUACCUCCGAGAUUCGACACCGGCCGCAGACGCAGCGGGGGCGGCAGCGCGGCUGAGCCAGAGGCGACGUUCGGCCCCAGACAGCGAGGCGGCGGUGGCGGCGGCAGCAGCAGUCGCAGGUCCGGGGGCGGCAGCUCGCGCCGCGGGGGCGUGUCCUUCCAGGAAAGCGAGGCUGCGGCCACCCUCAGCCGUGACCGCGCCCGCGGCAGCCGCAGGGAGCAACUCGUCACUACGCCCAGGUCGACCGCUGCGCGAGGGCGUGGCUCGUCAAGGACCACAGGCAGCUCGACCACCUCAACAACGACGACCACGACGACAACCACGACCACGGAGGCCCCCCUGCUGACCAACCCGGACACGGAGGUAGCGCCCGAAUUUAAUGGUGGCGACGAAGACAGCAACGCAGUGCAACAGACAGACGCGGCGACGGCGGAGAGCGCCGCGCAGGAGCUGCCGCCAGUUCCGGCCGCCACCGAAGCGCCGCAGGCGGCGGGGAACCCCCGGGCCGAGACGUCUCGCCGGAAGUCCGCAGAUGACGGCGGCGCCACUAGGCAGGCGGCGGCAACGCGGCGGGGCUCCGUCAGGUCGCGGGGCGGGUCCAGCGCCGGCGCCGGCGACGAAGGCAGGAGCGCCACAGCAGCCGUGAACAGCCGGCGGUCCGGCUCUCGUGGUGGCAGCAGCACCAGGGGCGGCGCCGCUCAGCCUGCGGCCGCAGCGGCUCCAUCCGCCCCCGCAGACGACGUGCUGCCCACGGGGGCGGGAGCACCCGCAGCCUUCGCCAGGACGGGCUCACGUCGGCCUUCCCCCAGAAGCCGGCCCACAGCAGUGGACUUAACUACUGCUGACACAUCACAAAAUGAUGUCCAACCUCGCUCAUCCACAAGAGGCCGUAACCAUGGAGACAGUGUCCCUAGCAGCAGCAACAGCAGGAGGACAAAUCGCAGAGGCUCUGCCACAUCAGAUGUGGAUGCUAGUGGGAACUCUGCAGCAGGUGCCUCUGUGCAGAGAACGAGCCGCAAGAUCAAUGCUGAAACGAAUGCACGACCCAGCUUUAAGAACACAAGAAGAGGCACUUCCAAUAAAAAAUUAACAACUGAAACUACUUCAGUAAAAGAGGAAAUUGAUGAGUCUGAGAACUAUCCUCCUGAGUUCAUACACAAGAUAAAGUCUUCUGUUGAUACAAAGGAUGAGAAAACCACACAGCCUUCACUGUUGUCUAGUUCUCCCGAGGACACAUUCAUUACUAAAAGUUCGGAUAAAGUGGUUUCUGUUUUUACACCCUCUUUACCUGAGGAUGAGAUAAAUGCUGAUGAAGAUAAAGAAAAUCAGAACAAUGAAGUUCAUCUGAAUAAACUGGAGACAAGGAGGCGAUCAAAUAAGUAUACUGGUAGGGCAAGAUCUUAUAAAACAGGAUCAGAUGAAACAGGAAAGCAACGCAAAGUAGAUCUUCUGUUGGCACCCUCGCCACCAUCUGAGAGGGAAGUGACAAAGCCAACAGUCCGUUCCUCAUCACGGAGCCCACAUAAAUCUUCCAAUGGCUACUCCUUGCGAGGCAGUAGACCACUUGACAGCAAGAAAGACACUGCUACUGAAGAGAUAAACAAGGUUGAGACUCCUUCUCCACCAACACCUGACACUCUGCAGCUGGACACUCCUAUUACUUCCCCUACACAGAGCACCAGAGCAGCAUUUCGUAGUAAGUCAAACUUCAGAAGUCAUCACAUUUCAAAGCCAGAAGCAGAAAACAUUGUAACUGCUCCAGGUGGUACUGAAACUCAGGAUUCAUCUCCUCGGCCAUCAUUCAGAAGAGCAUUUCCUACAAGAUCAAGAUCAGCGUCUUAUAAAAGCCAUUCAUCAAGAAAUGAACAGGUCACUGCUUCAACAGAAGAUAACAUUAUUUCAAGCAGGAGCUACACACCGAGAUCUACAUCUAGCAAAACAAGAACUACCUCAAGUUUUCGCAGAAGUAUUGCAGCUACAACAGAUGACAUUCAAAAUGAGAUCCAAACUUCUGCCCAACCGCCUGCUACCCCACGCUCAUUAGUUGGAACACAGAGAUUCAGUGCACGUUUCCGUAGUGAUCUGCUGUUAGCCACAGGAGGAUUAAGAUCUACUACUACUACUCCAGCUUAUAUACCUACUGUGCCUCUCAUCAGGGCAGCAAGCACAACAACCACAGAAACAUCAGCAGAAAGUCCAUCUGAAGGUUUGACAUUGGACGAGAGUAGUUUGACAAUGACUGAGGACAAUUUACUUGAUGACUCCUUCCAGGACAAAGUAACAGUGGAUAAUGAUGUUAGUUUUCUCUUGGACAACUCUACAGAAAUUAAUUACAUAGACGAGGAAACAGUGAAAUCUCAUUCUACAAGUAGUAGUUCAGUUCCACCUACAACAGUGAGCAGUUUAUCCCCUGCAUCUGAUAACAAUGAUGUAAAUGCCCAGGAGACAAUGACGACAUCAACGACAUCAGAAAUUACUGACUCUGUUUUCACUACUCUUAACCCCGGGACCAGUAUACCAAACAGCCCCUUGGUACAAACCACAACCAGCAUUAUCUCUUCCCCCUCUCAGUCAUAUGGAAAAGAAAGCACUGAAGUGCCUAUGAUGACUGAAACGGUAUCAGAGGUACCAGAGAUGCAAAGUACCACAUUUGGCAGCACAUCUACAAGUUCUCGACUUUCUCCUAGCACUCGGAAGAGAAGAUUGCCUUUGAGAAAGGAUUUUGCUAUUGCACUCUUAAAAAUAGUUUCCCGUGUGAAUCGCCCUACUGUACCAUUCUAUGUUACAACUGUCACUUCUAAUUUAAAUGAAGAUUCUACAGUACCAUACUCACUACCUGUUACUUCAGCGGCUGAAAUGAUUUCAGAGCUCUCUCAACAAGACGUCACUACCUUCUCCCCAUAUGUCACAUCAUUGGCAAAAAAGAUUACAACAAGAGCUGUAACAUAUUCUCCGAAGGUUGUUUCUUCUGCCACUGUGGGAACCACACCACAUAGUUCCACUGCUAAACUAAAAGCCACUUCCAUUAAUUCGGUGACACAGAAAAUGCCAGAAGUUUUCACUACAUCUGACUUGUUUAAAUCCACAUCUACAUUUGCACCACUGUCUUCACCAUUACUUAGCCUUUCUUCUGAUGCAAUAAAUUCUACCACAGAAACUCCAACUGCAACUGUAGCAGUUCCCAUUACUGAAACUACUUUAUCAGAAACUGUCACUGUUGUUUCCAAUACAGAAACUCUCAUGUCAACAGUUUCCGAAAUAAAGCCUCCUACAAGCACAGAAGCUGUAAACAAUCUUGCUGCAAAUAAGUCUGUAGCUGUCUUUACAGAAAAUAUUACUGAUGAAAUACAGACCAGUUAUUCCAAUAAAAUUGUACAUACCAGCAACUCAUCUUCUCAGGAAGCAAUGAAAAUUAGGAAUUCUAAAAUCAGAUUUGUUUCUGUUGACAGACCACCUCUGGAAAGUGACAAUCUUGUUACUGAAUCGUCACCUGACUUAAGUUCUUCAGUAAAAGAGUCUGUAGUUACGGAGCAAUCAACAGCAACUUAUUCAAAUACUGAAAAAAUUUCAGCAUCUUCUACUGUACAAAUUCCUGCCUCUUCUAGUACAACAAGUGGCAGUGAGUUUGCUUCUGUAGAGAUGCUGAAAAUGAUAAAUACAUCAACAAUGGCUGUUUCAGUUGACAGAGCUCUUCAAAACAAUGAUACCCUUGAUGCAAAUCAACCAAUCAGUCUAAUACCUUCUGCUUCAUCUAACACAUCCAGCAUUUCCUUGCCAGUGACAGAAGCAUCAAAGCUCAUUAUAGACUCUGUGACGCAAUCUGUACCAUUGUCUACAGAGACUGACUCCUUAGUUAGAACACGCUUCCCAGUGAGAAUUACUAUUGCACCAAGAGGUACUGCUAGUACCACUACUAUACCUCCACUUGUAAAAGGAAAAAGCAAUAGUGAUCCAGUUGCCCAAAGGAGGAUGGUAGAUAAUGUUAAUGACGAGACUCAGUAUUUAGCCACUACAUCUCAUUAUCAAACUACAACUACAGUCCGCACUCCUCUUCCCUUUGUUAUCUUUGGAAUAUUCCCUAAUAACACUGUGUUCCGCAAAUACCCUCAUUCUGGAAAGACAGAACAAGUCAGUGAAAAUGAGAUUGCUAGACAUCAAGAGUAUUAUCCUGAAGAGCAGACAUCACAGACCAGUUAUACUACCUCAGUAACUGGUGACCCAAUAGGAAAUGAAAUAUUAUACAGGAAUGCAAUGAGAAAUUCAGUUCAAACAAGUCUGCCUCGUGCUACAGUGAAUACAAGGCUGCCUGCAGGAAGAAAUCCAUCAGAGAAUGAAGUAGCAUGGGCUCUUGGCACCAGAACAAGCAUCCCUAUUCCACCAGCACAAAGUGAAAUAGACAGCGGGCAGCAGACUGAAAUGAUCAGUGAUUCCAAAAAGUUCUUCACAGGGUCUGAGUCAAUAGUAGUGAGUGCUUCUGACAGAUCAGUGAUUCCUACUGUUACUCAGCGUAUACAGCCUCAAGUGACAUUUGCUCUUCCAUCUGAGGUAUCAAAUUCUGUCUAUAAUGUUCAGGGCUCCAAAUACAGCAACUAUUGGUCCAGCUCCACGAGUGAGAAGCCCAAGUUCCACUACAUUACCAGCAACCCUCUUUUUGCUGAAAUUUCAACAUCAACAUCUAUCCCCCUGUUCAUUGUUACACCUGAACCAGCAACUCCCAGCACGACAAAGAUAGUAUAUAAAUGGAAACCAGUGACUGAUAAGCAAAAUCUUGUUGAAAAGACAACCGACAAUGGCAUAUCCUCAACAAAAACUGAAAAACUGAACAUUGCUACACAGUUGCCCAUGCAAACAAAUGCUCAGACAGUCACUUCAUCAACUGUGAGCAGUACUGAAGCAACAUCACCAUUGUCAUCAUCAACCAUGACUAUAUCCCAGAUCACAGAUAACAUAUUACGUGGAGUACCUAAACUUGAGACUGCUGCUACCAUUCUAUCCGGCAUCAGUAAUCCACAAGAGAUGACAACCCCAGUGAUCAGUGCAAGUGAAUCAACAAGCAAACUAUCCACAGUUGAAAGGACCGGUAGCACACUUUUAUCAUCAGUGCCAACUAUGAAAGAAAGAGUAGCUACUAGUGCUAGAGUAACUACAGAAAGAUUCUUGUCACAACCAGCAACAUCACCAUCACCCCCACUGAGUAUUAGAGGCUUGAUUUCGAGAGUUCUGGGAAAUAUUACACCAAACUUGUCAACAGCUUCAACUAUUGGAAAGCCUACUGCAUCUCCAGUAAUGACAGUGACAGCCAAAAGACAGCUGACAACUAUGACAUCACUACCAGUAAGUUCUUACAUAACUGAAAGACUGGUGACAGUAACCCCUGUUGCUCCACUGACAAAUAAUUCAUCUUCAAAACCUGUUGACAUAUCAUCUGCAUCUGUAGAAACUAAAACAGUUGCUCCGACCACUAAACCAGCAACCUCACAACCGACUACUGCUAAGGCUGCACCUGCCACAGUAACAACUAUUAAGACAACAACCAAAGCUACAACUGUGAAACCAGCUAUUGUGACCAUUGCCACAUCUCUCAUGACAACAACUUUGAAACCUACCAACCAAAAGUCAUCAACCUCUAAACCCUCUACACCAAAGCCUACAACUCCCAAACCUACCACAGCAAAGCCAACAACUCCCAAACCAACCACGCCAAAGCCAACAACUCCCAAACCAACCACAUCAAAGCCAACAACUCCCAAACCUACCACACCAAAGUCAACAACUCCCAAACCUACCACACCAAAGCCAACAACUCCCAAACCUACCACACCAAAGCCAACAACUCCCAAAUCAACCACACCAAAGCCAACAACUCCCAAACCCACCACAGCAAAGCCAACGACUUUCAAACCCACCACACCAAAACCAACAACUUCCAAACCCACCACUCCAAAGCCCACAACUUCCAAACCUAUGACUCCAAAGCCAACAACUUCCAAACCUGCUGCACCAAAGUUAACAACUUCUAAAACUACAGCACCAAAGCCUACAACUCCCAAACCAACCACACCAAAGCCAACAACUCCCAAACUCACCACUGCAAAGCCAAUGACUUCUAAACCCACUACACCAAAGCCUACAAAUUCCAGACCCACCACACCAAAGGCAACAACUUCUCAGCCGGCAGCACCAAAUCCUAGUACUUCUAAACCAACACAAAAAAUUACCCGUCCACUGGAAAAGACCAUAUCCACAGUUGCUCAAACUACAUCUGACUCAACUUCCGCAACUUAUACUCCACCUCCUGUUACUUCUCCUAGAAAUUCACUUGCAUACUCAUCACUGAACACUGUAGAAUCAGGCAUCAAACAUGUAGAAAGUGAAUCUGUGCAUGAAAGAAAUAGCUGGCAGAUGCUAAACAGACAAGGUCGUUUAGAAGAACUCUCUCUUCUUAAUAUUCUGGCACAAAAUGUUGAUGGCAGGCAAGAACAAAAGAAAGUGAAUCUGGCUGAUAAGGUCAUUGAAGCAGCUUUGCAGCGGUCUUCUACAACUUCUUUGCCCCUUUUCAACAAUAAUCUUCCAAAAACAAAAGUAUUACAGACAUUGGAAAAUGGUGUAGAGAGUAAUCGUUUCUCUUUGGACCUGCUGGGACAGCAAAGUGUAAACAUUAAUGCAGAUGACGUGACUGAUGAACCAACUGUUAGCUCAAGCAUAGUGGAACUGGAGACUCCAAAGAAUACUCCUGUAGUUUCUUCCAAGUCUCCUACAGUGGAAACAGUCACUUCAGGAAAACUGAGCCCUCAGGAUGAGCAGCUUCUUUUAGCAUUGUUUGGAAAUCAAAUUUCAGGUGCUCUUCAGCAGCCAAAAUCUCAGAGUACACGAUCUCGGUCCAGAUUGAGCCCAGAAGAGCAAUUACUAGCUUCACUGCUCCGUCAGCAAGCCUCAGCAGACUUAAAAACCUCUUCAAAGGGUGGCCAGCAGCAAAAGGAACAAGUUCCUGAGGGACACUCCCUAUCUACACCAUCAACAAGACCAAAAUCACAGGGACUGCCAGUACCUGGAAAACUAAGUGAAGAAGAACUGCUUCUAUCCUUAUUGGGUGGUCAACCCAAAACAACACAGAAGGCAACAGAACGGGUAAAUUCCACCCGUACAAAGCUUUCUGAUGAGGAGAUCCUUGCUGCACUGUUAAGCGGACAAUCAAAAGGAUCUACAAGAACGGUGGCAACCACACAGAGAACAUCCACAAAAUCUAGAAGACUGUUGACAGAUGAACAGAUCAUUGCUGGGUUGCUAUCAGGCUCAACCCCGGCAAGUCCAGCGGACCAGGCUCGCUUAGCUGAAUUACUUAAUGGCGGGAGACACAGAACAAGAGCGACAACUACAACUCCUGCUGUGCCAAGAGGGCUUGGUUUUCUCUUAGCACGUCCUGGAUCACAGGGUCUUUUCUCAUCUGCCCUCCAGCCAGAUGCAGGAAGUAUAGAUCCAGGAGCAGAUCUGAGUGAUGGGCAAGAUGGAAUCCGUGGUCCAAGGGAACAGGGCACACUUGUGAAGGCUGCGAUUGAUGUAACAAAGGCUGUUUCACAGUUUAUGAGUGCUGUUAUCCAGGGUGCAACUCGUUCUUUCCAGUCAUUCUUUAGGAGUGGCACAAAUCUACUGAGCCAGUAUUUUAGCCUGGGUUCAGCUCAAGCAGGAAACUUUCAGUUACGGUGAAACAAUGGAAAGAAUACAUGAAGAAUCAUAUGGCAACUUGCAAUACUAAUAUCUCAGGACAGAAGCACCAAAUUCAGGGAAUAAUCAAUUUAAUUAAUAUGCUACAUUUGUGAUUUGUGGCAUUCAAUUUGGUAAAGAAGUUCCUUAUUUUAUACCCCAGUCUAUUUUGUGUACUUCAGUCAUAUGAGGGUAUCUCAUUUGAGGAAGCUAGUGAAAAAGUACAGAUAGGCUGUGCAAGGACAAAUAACUUCAUAAAAGCUUGUCAACAACAGCUGACCUAGAUCCUAGUGUGUAUUUUGUUUUGGGUUUGUAUGAAUCUUUUUCAACUGAGACAAAUCAGCAUCUGAAAGAUUCACAGCAUUUAAAGUCCUUAUUUUGUUCAAGCAUGAUGCAUCUUGCAAACCCAAAAUUAAAUGCAUAAAACUGAACUCCAGUGUUAGAUGACUGUUCAUAAGGAUCACUUGUCUACUGGAGUAAUAGCAUAAUUUGUUGUCAUUAAUGAAAAGCAAAAAUCAUUUAUUUCCACUAACAGAUGACCACCCUUUUAUGUGUAGCAGCUUUAACUGUCCUGUGCUUAAGAUGGAAUUUUUGCUUGAUGUGGUUUUGAUUAACAGUGUGUAAAAUGACAUCUGGUAUAGUUGUAAAUAUUACACUAUAUUUGUUUUAAUUUUUGUUCUGUUAAUAUAUUUGGGUCUCAUACCACCUAAGAUCCUGUGUAAUGAGGUACUGUACAUGCUCUUGGUUCGAUAACAUUAUUAUCACAGUCUGAAAGUCAUAUUACUAUUUCAUUUUAAGUGAGCAGCCAGAAAUGAAAUUUAAUCAUUUACCUUCAUACUUUUUUAAUUUGUGAAUGUGAAUUUCCUUUAAAGCAGCAGAUUGACUCAAUUUUGUAUUAUGAAACUGCCACAGUAGUUUUCCAUUUCAGAGAAAGUACAAAGUGCUUGUAAUAAUUUUUUUAUAUGAGACUUAGUAUAAUGCUGCAAAGUGAUCUUUGCAGUGUGACUGAGGAUAAAACUAAGACACAAAUAAUGCAUAUAUGUUGUAAACCAAGAUUUAUUAAUAAUUAUCAGCUAAGCUGCUGAUAUUCCAGAAAAUGUUUUCAGUAUGUAAUCUCCCAAUUCAUUGUUGAUAACAGGAAAUUUUUGGUAGUUCUUUUACUGAUAUGUAUGUGAUUUAUGUCUCUCAGAGGACUAGGUGCAGUUACUUUCAGAAACACGUGUAUAAAAUUGCUUUUGUUGU